CCGUGCAGACCAGCUGAAGUGGUACCUAUUGAUGACACCACUAUGUCAGACAUUCGAGUGAGCAAGAAUAUCCGCCAUCCAGACAAUGUUUCAAAGGACGAGGCGACAAGCGACGAGGAAAAUGAAGACAUCCGAAACGUGACAGAAAUGUAUGUUGCGUUGACGUCAGAAGGACAAUCUUCUUCACCUGUCCGCACUCGUGACUUCAAGGAAGAAGAGGUUUCUGUGUCGAGAAGUGUUACGCCCUCGACAUCCACACCAUCCGUACAUGUUGAGGAUGGACGUGAUCCCUCGGGCAUCACACGUGUUGCUUUAUUCGCCGAUGUGUUCAACGAAGUUGAGGCAGCUGAAUCCCUGCCGACACCCGUUGUACACCAAGACGAACGCCAAAGGAUCGUUACUCACGAUAGCAUGUCUGAACAGUUUUCCAACACAAAGGAGGCAGUGGAUAGAGUUUCGAGCAGUGCCUCAAAAGCUGACGAACAUAGUUAUUUCCCAUCGGAAUUAGAGAUUGUCCUCAAGGACCUCGGCAUCCUGUCACAACCUAUGGAUUGGCGAGAUCGAGCAUUUGGAACAGUGAUAACAAAUGAGCUGAAGGAUGCCCAGCAAUGUUGUAUGUUCCCACAGCCCCACAAGCAGAAAGUUCAGAAAGGGGAGAAAGCGCAGGUCAUGAUCUCGAAGCCAUCGGCUUCAAGAUGUGGGGGUACAGAGAAGACCAGCGACAACCCUGUCGACGACGGUCCCUCCCCUGCUUUCAGUGGGAGUGUUGCAGCAAGGAUCGCGAUGUUCGCGCGUGGCACCCAACAUCCUCGCAAUUACGAUGACAUCCAUAAUGCGGCUCAUGUUCGAAAGUUCAACCUUCCGGAGCUCCUUGACAGUCACAGAGCAUCGAAAGACGAAAGGACACAGAGGGAAGUCGAAGCUUUGCGAACGAUGAACAGGGUUGGGACUGGAAGUCUUGCCCUCACGAGGACACGCACGUUUGGCGGUAACGGUCCCGCAAAUAUACAGAUCGAUAGAGAGGAGGCGGGGGAGGCGGGGAUUUCGCUGUACUGCUUGAGCCUUUUGAAAAAGUAUCAUGAAAGGAACGACUGAGGCUUGAUCCUCAAGGUUUUAUAGCUGAUUCGUAGAAUACCUGGCAUGAUUUCUAUUGGGAAGUUUGGGAUAUUGUACCUUCUGCAGCUCGCGCGUGGGUGAAGAAAAUAGGUAUACAUGC